AUGAACGGUAUGUUUUCAAAGAGACAAGUGGCAUCUAUGAUGCAUUCUGUAACAUUUUUCGCCCCACAAAAUAGUGUACCAGCUGCUAUAGUCACCUCUUCUUUCAAAUCAGGUGGAAAUGUCCAUUUUUUGAAGUCAGUUUCUUCCCAGAAUCUCAAGAUUUCGACAGAUUAUCAGUACUUCUCCACCAGAUCUGGAAGCAUCAGUACCAAAGCAUUCUUCUGGGAGAUUUUCAAACCAAAGCCUGAUUCUUCGAGAUCAACUAAGGUUCAAGAAUUGUAUGUCUACGAGAUAAACGAGCGUGAUCGUGGCAGCCCGGCGUACCUGAAACUGAGCCAGCAGAAAGACGUAAACGCUCUCGGCGACCUGGUGCCAUUCUCUAACAAGCUCUACUCCGGCGACCUCCAGAAACGGCUGGGCAUCACGGCGGGUUUAUGUAUACUAAUCCAACACGUGGCUGAGAAAAAGGGUGAUAGAUAUGAGGCCGUAUUCAGUUUUUACUUUGGAGAUUAUGGGCAUAUUUCGGUGCAGGGUCCGUAUUUGACCUACGAGGAUACGUUCAUGGCCGUGACUGGUGGCUCCGGCGUGUUUGAUGGGGUGUAUGGGAAGGUAAAAUUGCAGCAGAUUGUGUUCCCAUUUAAGUUGUUUUAUACGUUUUAUUUACAGGGCAUCAAGGAUUUGCCAGCUGAGCUGGUGGUUAAUCCGGUGGCCCCGACACCGGCAGCUGAGCCGUCGGCAGCUGCUAAGGCGGCUGAGCCUGGUGCCGCUGUUUCUAACUUCACGAAUUGA